GCAUGGUAAAGCACCUAUUCCCAAGCGGACACUGCAAUGCCAUUGUCCGAGCCGAUGAAAGCGGCCAUCGUGCUGGCUAUCGUGCUGGCUAUCGUGAUGGUUAUCGUGGCACUCUUUAUCGCACUCGUCCUCGCAAAUGCCAUCGGAGCCCUCACCAGUGCCGUGACGGCAAAACCAGUCGCGGGGUACGCUGGCGUCGGAGGCUUCGCAGGAGGUCUCUUUGAGGACAUCCUGCGUGUCUUCUUGCCCGCAGCAAACAUGUUGAAGAACCACCUGCCACUGCUGGCGGGUGCAACUGCCUUUGCACUAUGCCUAGCUUCAUGAGGUUGCAAUACGUGAGGGCCAAGGAAGUGCCGUUUCACCGCUGUAGCUUCAACGCGCAGUACAGACAGCGGAUGCCAGAGACAGACAUGCUGAUGGGGAAAAAUGCUCGCAAGC